AUGGGAGAUCCGCGCGCCUUGCUUCAAAAGGCAGACAAAGCUCUCCAGGGUGCCUCUGGUGGCUUUAGUUUCUUCGGAGGUAGAUCAGAGAAAUACGAGAAUGCGGCAGACCUUUACGUGCAAGCAGCGAAUGCUUUCCGGGUACAGAAGCUGAACAAGGAAGCUGGAGUUGCUUUUGAAAAGGCGGCUGCAGUUCAGAGAAACAACCUUAACGAACCGGACGAUGCUGCCAACAGCUUAACCGAAGCCUUCAAGGUUUACCGCAAGACAGACCCCGAGGAUGCAGUGAGAGUUCUCUCCAGCGCAAUCCAACAUUACAUAGGCAAAGGAAACUUCAGAAGAGCCGCCACUCAUCAGCAGAACCUCGCCGAAACCUACGAGGUUGAAAUCGGAGAUGCGAAAAGGGCCUUGCAGGAGUAUGAAAAAGCUGCCGAGUGGUACGAGAGUGAUAAUGCCGAGGCACUCGCCAACAAAUUUUACCUCAAGGUUGCGGACCUUGCUGCCAUUGAAAGCGAGUACCCCAAGGCAAUCUCACAUUAUGAAAAAGUCGGCAAUGUCUCCGUCAACAAUAACUUGAUGAAGUGGUCGGUAAAAGACUACUUUUUCAAAGCCGGCAUCUGCCAUCUUGCGUCAGGCGAUCUUGUUGCUACCAACCGCGCUCUAGAAUGGUACAGAGAGACCGACCCUUCUUUUGGUUCUACCAGAGAGCAUUCACUUUUGGUCGAUCUGCUUCAAGCAGUCGAACAAGGAGAACAGGACGUCUUUGCUGAUAAAUUGUUUCAGUUCGACCAGUUGAGCAAGUUAGAUAAAUGGAAGACUACCCUGUUUCUUCGCAUCAAAGACAAUAUUGAAGAAGAGGGCGAGGACUUUUCGUGA